CCACUUUACUUCCUCCGCUCCUGCUGCUGCAUCCUGCUGCCGAAGGAAUGACGAGAAGGAUCUGCUUCGACCGCGCAGAGAUGCAUCUUCCAUGGCACAGCCUCGCCCGAAUCCUUGCGCCGCUCCCGAUUUGAGGAUCGGCACGUCCAACAAGAAAUAACUUGGACUGCUUGGAAGUUCUUGUGAUCCCGAAACUCGAACUGUGUUUCUAUGAAGGCUCUUUGGACGUGGAUUCAACAUGAGUGCAGUCCAGCAAAUCCAGCAGCCCGCGCGACGAUCUCGAGCGCUGGAGAGCAUCCAAUACAACACUCUCCUUGCUGACAACAACGCAACCUCUUCCGAGGACGAGUCUCCUGGUCACGAUCCAGAGCCUGAGAAUGAUGUCCGGGGUGCGAUCGGUGUCAGCAUCGGACGGGAACAGUCGCGACUGAUAUCGCCUACAACGCCGGCCGCUGUUAAAGCUGCGGCCCUGCAAACCGGCGGCUAUUUCGAUGGUGCCUUUGACAACGACACGCCACCUAUUGCUGAGUCGCCGGACGAAGUAGAUCCUUCGGAUGGCAAGUAUGGCCAGACACCUCCAGGUUUGAAUGAUGGGCCAGCAUUUGCACCGCCCUCUCCCUGGAGGGCUGGCUUUACGCAGCCAGAGAAAGAGAGACCUAGUCUAACAAAGUCGAUCCUCCGCGAUGGAUUCUCGUUUGUCAGGCGUAGAGCUUCAUCAGGCCCCGAGAGCGGGUCAAAGUCGCUAUUCGCUGGCCUGCCGACAUUCUCGAAGAAAGGCUCCAUUGCAUCGAUUUUCUCGCAGGAAGGCGAUAAAACCGAGAGGUCGAGUUCUCCUGCUUCUAAACGACGGUCUACGCUAGGUGCAUGGACUCGUUCUAGCACACCAGACAUACCAGAGUCGCGGAGUCGAACUCCAACUGGGCGACGCCCCGCAUCAAGUCGCGCACAUGUGCCGGAAGCGGGCGCCGACGACGAUCGAAACCAAUUGGGAGAUUUACCAAGCAAUCUGCAGUUGAAGCAUACGCCUACGAGACCCCCUGAAAUAUUGCGCAGAAGCACUUCAGAUACCUCACUCGUAACACAGAGAACAUUGUCCACAGCCUCCAGUCUUGGCGAUGAUAGUCGCUUCGAGCAUGUGUCUGAGCAGGUCAAUAGUCGACUCAAAGCGAUCAAAGACAGUUUGGCAGAUUCCAGAAUCAGCAUGCCAUCAAUAUCGUCCAUAUCCUCGAUCAACGUCUCCAAUCUGACACCUGACUUCUUCACUCGGGAAAGGUCAGACUCGGCGACAUCGAAGUCUAGUCAGCGAUAUAGCUACAGUCAGCAUUACCAGUCCAAAUCAAGGCCGGUAGACCCCAUAACUCGACAACCAUAUACUUCUGCCCGGGCUGCAAUCGCUGAUGCUGGAGUCGACAAAGCCACAAGCCAUCCCCACUUCCAUCGUGCCCUCGAGCAACUUGACGGUGAUGUGGUAGUUCUCGGCGGGUAUAGAGGUAGCAUACUGCGAUCUGCCGAGCCACCACAUCGACAGCUAUGGGUACCGAUAAAAGUUGGUCUUAACCUUCGUAAGGUGGACUUAGAGGUGGGGUUAGAGGAAGACGCAGAUGAGAAAGCUACAGAGAAAGUCAUCCCAGGUGGCAUGCUGACUCACAUCGGACCUGUUGACAUUUCGAGGCGAUUGUUCAAACGUCUCCGAGCAUGCGAGAACGCUCGCAGGGGUCUGCUGAGAGUGCACGACUACGGGUAUGAUUGGCGGCUACAUCCUGCUUAUCUAUCCAGGCAACUUAUCAAGUCUCUCGAGGGACUGCCGUGUAAUCAGCCUGGUGUACCGAAGGAAGCCAGGGGAGCUACGGUUAUCGCACACUCGCUCGGAGGGCUCAUCACGAGACAUGCUGUGAAUCAGCGUCCAGAGCUGUUCCGCGGAGUUGUGUACGCUGGCGUACCCCAAACUUGCGUCAACAUUCUUGGGCCUCUCAGAAAUGGUGAUGAAGUGCUGUUGAGCGAUCGCGUAUUAACAGCACAAGUCAACUUUACGAUCCGUACCAGCUUCGCGUUGCUUCCACUCGAUGGGAGAUGUUUCGUUGACAAGAACACAAAAGAGGAGUACCCAGUAGACUUCUUCGAUCCCCAGACCUGGAUCGACGGCCGUCUCUCGCCAUGCGUUGGCCGACCUCUGCCACCUCUAUCACAAACGCCAAAGCCCACAGGCAUUGCUGGUUACAUGAGCUCGGUCGCGAGUGCGCUCCCAAAUUUUCCUAUGCCUGGGCGGAAGAGCAGCAAGAGUUCUGCCGAUUUGGCGAAAAUCACUAGCGUGGGAGGCGCAGAAGUACCAGACACGAUGGAAAAUGGUGGACAGAGCAGCGAUGUGGCGAUGGCGAAUGGAAACAUCGACAAAGGCGGGGCCUCUAACACAACAGAUGUGCCUUCCGUGCGGACGGCAGUCACAAUACCACGUGAGAAAGCAAUUGCUUACCUUACAAGAACAUUGGCAAGCGUGAAGAAAUUCAAAGAAGAGCUUGCAUACAACCCCGAACACGACAAGACCAAUGCAUAUCCACCAAUUGCCGUCAUCUACGGCAGAAGCACACCAACCGUAGUAGGCGCCAAAAUCGACGGAAGAGAAGGCAUCAGACACGCCGACUCAUAUGACGAGCUCGCAUUCGCCAGCGGAGACGGAGUCGUUCUAGCCAAAGCCGCCAUGGCUCCCAAAGGCUAUCGCGUCGCACGCGGAGGAAUCGUGAGUUCGGAACGAGGACAUGUAACAUUAUUAGGUGAUCUAGAGGCUGUUGGAAAAUGCCUCAAUGCAAUCAUCAGCGCGGGAAGGAAAGGCCUUGGGAUGGGAACAGUAUGACUUUGACGAAACAUGCAUAAGAACGAACCGAGAUGAACCAAACAGAAGGAUCGUCUUCACAGACAUCGAUGAGUAGGCAUUUUGCGGUAACGUGUAGUUAGAUCUGAUGAACCUACGACUGAUCAUGAACUUGCAAUUUGUUCACUGAAUUGGCGAUUCGUCGCGGGGCUCAAAGAACUAUGAACGGCAUCUGAAAUUCAUUCUCAUCAAGAACUAUUCGAAUGAUCUGACAUCAGCUACACGGCAGUUCAAAAUCACACCUGUUUCAAUGAUUCGCAGG